GUAGACGUGAUAUGCUUUUGCUAAGCUAGUUUCGCUUGUUUCAUAAAAGUAAAUAGAAAAUUUAAUUUGUGACUUAAAAGUGAUGUGUAAUAAAAGUUGACUUUAAGUCUAAUAACCAAAUUAUUAUAAUUAAAAUUUGUCUUCAUCCAAAAUAAAAAUUAAGGCGCUAUAUGAUUUAAUGAUGUCUUUGACUAAACGUAAACGUUCUGGAGAAAAGGAAGUAUUACUAGAAAAUGGUGAAUCUAAUAAUGGACGCAGUAAUAUCAAAGGGGAUGAAAUAAAUAUAGCCGUUUUGUUGUUUCUAUAUACACUUCAAGGCAUUCCUUUAGGGUUGGCUGCUGCAAUACCCAUGUUACUUCAAAACAGGGGCAUUACAUACACACAACAAGCAGAGUUUAGCUUUGUGAACUGGCCAUUUAGUGUGAAAUUGCUUUGGGCUCCUAUAGUCGAUGCUCUCUUUUGGCCUAAAUUUGGAAGACGAAAGACUUGGCUAGUGCCUGUUCAGUACCUCAUUGGCAUUGUAAUGAUUAUUAUGUCUAGUAGUAUCACAGAAUGGUUGGGCUCUGAAGAACAGGCUCCUUCUAUGAUGAUAUUGACUAUUUCAUUUCUUUUUCUCAACUUUUUGGCUGCUACGCAAGAUAUUGCUGUAGAUGGGUGGGCACUUACAAUGUUAAAAAGGUGCAAUGUUGGUCAUGCAUCAACUUGCAAUACUGUAGGCCAAACUGCUGGAUUUUUCCUUGGUUAUGUUUUGUUUCUAGCUCUUGAAUCCCCGUACUUUUGCAACAAAUAUAUAAGGACAGUACCUGAAGAUUCUGGAUUGGUUACUUUGUCUAGUUUUCUUUUAUUUUGGGGCUGGGUGUUCAUUGUAACUACCACCAUUGUAGCUGUUUUCAAGCAUGAGGCAAAUGACAGUGCUAACAUAAAGGGAAGCCAAGUGACAGGAAUUAAAGAUAUUGUAAAUGCUUAUAAACAGUUGUUUACAAUUGUUAAAUUGCCAGCAGUGAGGACAUUGGCUUUAGUACUCUUCACAGCAAAGUUGGGUUUCUGUGCAAGCGAUGCUGUGUCGGGGCUAAAGUUAGUUGAGGCUGGAGUGCCAAGAGAGGACUUAGCACUUCUCGCAGUUCCAUUAGUCCCAGUUCAAAUAAUAAUGCCAGUGAUCCUCUCAAAGUACACUACUGGCCCCGCGCCGUUAUCACUGUGGCUACGUGCUUUCCCACUGCGUCUGCUUGUUGGCCCAUUAGCAGCUGCACUUGUUGCUGUGACACCCAGUUUAUUAGGAAAUGCUGGACCUUCAUAUUCUUAUCUCUUUAUACUGAUGUGUCUUUACAUCUUUCACCAGACAUGUCUUUACUGUAUGUUUGUCGCAGUAAUGGCUUUCUUUGCUAAAGUGUCAGACCCUGCUGUUGGUGGAACAUAUAUGACACUUCUAAACACAGUAUCUAACUUAGGUACUAAUUGGCCCAAUACCCUUGCAUUGUGGGCCAUUGACCAUUUGACUUACAAGAAGUGUUCUUUAACAGACCUUAGUGACAACAAAUGUGCGUCAGCAUUGGAAACAGAACUAUGCAAGAACAGUGGCGGCACGUGUGACGUACGAAUAGAUGGCUUCUAUAUAGAGACAAUUAUAUGUUUAAUAGCCGGUUUCCUUUGGUUGCAAUGGGGUCGGACCACUAUCAACCGUUUACAGAGGCUUCCAGCUUCAGCCUGGCAAAUAGGCAGGCUCGGCAGAUAAGACUGAAUCUUUGCAACUUUACAUAGUUUAAUGUAUUAUAUUUAUUGAAUACGUCAUUUUUUUUGUGUUGUAACAAAAACAAUCUCACCACGACGAAUACUUUUGCCGCACAACUGGUAAUUUAGGAAAUUAAUUAUAACUGCGUCUGUAUAUAGGUAGUUGUAUUACCAAUCUGUCUAAACAUUAAAAUUAAAAUUAUUAACUUUUUACUCAAUUAUUAUAUUCAUGUAACAGCUAGCUGUUCCCCGCGACUUUGUCCUAUUUAUCUUUUUGGAAUUUAUUAUGAUUGUAUUUUAUGGGUUUUAAUUUUUCUGCGCGGAACCCUAAUUAUUUUUCUAAAAUGAAAGAAAGCCUAAGUUACUCCUUCAAAUCAGCUAUCUGCCAGUUAAAAUUGGUCUAUCCAUUUCGGAGAUUAGACAAAAUUUCAAACAUUGUUUUUUUUUGUUAUAAGUGCCGUAUAUAAUAUCAUAUUAUGCAUUUAGUAAAAAGCUGUUAUUUUGAUGUUACAAACAGACACUUACAAAUUUUAUUUAUUCGUAUUAUUCAUGUAUGAUAGUAUACUUACCAUGCCUGAACCUUUAACAUUUUUGUAAUACACAGAUAUAGGCAGUAUUUAGUACAGUAUUCCAUCUUAACAAUUUUUUUUACUUAUAUUUUUAUUUGAUAACUUUGAACAUCUCAAUUGACAAUUUCACAGAAAGUAUUGUGAAAUUCGAAAGUCUUAUUCUAAUUAUUCUGUGAAUCCAACUUUGUUGUACCAUAUUAUUAGUUAUUAAUACUACAAACGUGUGACUUGUUAUGAUUUUUUUUCGUUACUUGUAAAAAUAAUUAUAAAAGGAACAUUGUUUUUGCACUAACAAAUAAAAAAUGUAGCGAUAUUGAAAUGUUGAUGACACUGCUACAGAGUGACAUUAAAUCUGGGAAGAACUUUUGGGUUACACAUAAAGUAUUAUGUUUUUUAGAUAUCCGCUGGGACACAUGCUACCCAACCAAGAUAAUUUACAAAUUAAUAUAUAAAAAUUUAUAUUCGUUUGUCCGUAUUUUAUGCGCUGCCAUACCGUUCAUCAGAUUGCGCUAAAACUUUGUCAACAUAUUGCUUGAACUUCCGCGAAGGUUAUAGGCAUAGUUGGAUCCGGACGGUGGACCAAUAAUAGAGGUUUAAAUGCAGUUUCAAUAUUAUCAAACCGGUUGUUAUAGUACAUAACGAGUAGUUUUCUUCUUGUGAUGCAGAUGCAGUCUUAUAAACUGGAGUAAUUUCGGCUCAUAAACGAUAGUAACCAUAUUUCAUUAGUUAUAAAGUUUGCAGCAAUAAGAAGUGUGUGUACAAUGACGUAUUUUAGCAUAAUUACACUUGAUUGUGAUAUAUUACGAAUGUAAUUUAUAUUUGAUGUAUGUAUAUAGAGUACUAUCAUUAAAUGAUAAUUAUUAUGUGUGAGUGUACUCUUAUUUCCUAAUAGUACAAACCUGUAUUAUCUGUUUUGUUUUGCAAACUGAACUAUGGAUAGUAAAAAAAAAACAUUUCAAUUAUUUAUUAUAUUCAUUUAUUUACACAUAAACAUUCCAAUACUUAUACAAUAAGUCUGAUCGACCAACUAUGAACAUUAUGCAGUAUACACCAGUAAUUCUAAUGUAUAUAACGUUGUUUUAGAAUAAUUUCAUUUCAACUACUAAAUAAAAUAUAUAAUAUUAAACAUGUUUUAAAAGCUCAAUCAAUUGUUUUAACACAAUAUAUAAUAUGUGUAAGUUUUAAUAAAGUAUAACUUGGAAGAUACACAGAAUUUAAUACUAAAUAAACAUUUUGUCGUU